AUGGGUCAGAGGCAACUCUUGAGAAUGACAUCAGAACAAGGUCAAGCAAUGAUCCAGCCUCGAGUUCGUACAGGCGGCCAGAAUAGCGGAUCAUCCUCGGCGACCAGCGAACCAGUCGUUCAAAGAAGUCGAAUAAGUCCUUCAGGAGCAGUUGUUCAAAGCUCUGUCUUCUCCUCCUCAGGCCUCAAUCCGUCCACCGGUGAUCUAAAGCGACGUCCCGACUCGAACCUUGUCCGUGUGCCAGCAGCCAGAGUCUCUUCCUCUGACUCGCAACACAGAUCCGAAGGUGAGGCCUCGCCGUCCACCUCUUCGGCUUCAGCAGCUUCGCUGCACUCCGAAGAGGCGAUGUCACUUCAUGCCGGCGACGUUGUUGGACCUACCAAACAAGCGGCUCUUCGACGCCAACAGCCAGCUUGUCAUUCCUUUAGCACUCAAAACGCCCGAAAGACAAUAGUCCCCAGGAAAUCCGUCUGCGGUCGACGAGCGGAGCUUUGA